ACGGGGUGGUCCUAAAGUGCUGUUCACAUGACUAUUUUAUUUCUUCCAAGCACAGCUGAGGGGGGCAUCUCAUCAUCACUAGCAUGAAAAGAAAGCAGCGGUAAAAAAGUGUCGUGACCUGACAGGCUUUUUGGGGCAUAUUUCAGCGCAGGACCAGCGUGAAGGACGCAAGGCAGGCCCCGAAGCCGUCCGGUUGGCGUUGUUGUGGGCCGAGCGAGCGCACUGAGAUUCACUUUGGCAACUGACUGGAAACAUGAUACCUCACAUUCGCAAGCAACCUCUCUCCACCAGCAUAACACUCAUCGUUGUGUUAGUGGCCACACUACAUCAUAGCGUUGUGAGUCAGGAGGUGGCGGCCACCGCUGACCCCCAGGCGUCCCCUGGCAACCCAGAAAGGGGCGACUACAAUGUCACCAACGGCAACGGAACAGUCUGCCUCAUGGCUCGAAUGGGACUGCAGCUCAACGUCACUUUCACUAACAUGGAAAACAAGACUGUCCAGGAGCUGGUGAACCUGCACCCCAACCUGACCAAGCCGGCGGGCUCCUGCUCUGGGGAGACAGCCACCCUCAUCCUCUCCGAGGAGAAGACCAACCUCACCUUCUCAUUCUCUCUGAAUGUCACCUCCAAGAAGUAUCACCUGAGCACCCUGUCCCUAUCAGCGGCCUGGCCGGACAUGGCAGCCCCUAUGAGUGCGGCUGGCAGUGAUCUGGACUACCUGCGUGGCACUCUGGGCCGUUCGUACAUGUGCCGUGAGGAGCAGGUGCUCAUGGUCGACCCCUCCUUCUCCCUCAACACCUACCAGCUGCAGGUGCAGCCCUUCGGCAUCAACUCGGGCGCCUUUGGCGAAGCGGAGGAGUGCGAGCUGGAUGAGGACGACAUGUUGAUUCCCAUCAUCGUGGGCGCUGCGCUGUCGGGCCUGGUGCUCAUCGUGCUCAUGGCGUACCUCAUCGGCCGCAAGAGGAGUCACGCCGGCUACCAGACCAUCUGAGUAGCCAGAAGCCCUUACCCACCUUGCCCUGUUCCCCUUACCCCUCCCAAACCCUCACCCCUCUUGUCUCCGUGAAGCCGGAGAGCACAGCCAACCACCACCAACACUACAUCCUUAACUGCCGCAAGCCUUCCCUUACCGACUACACCCAACCCUCAGCACUACCCACCAUUUGCCUUCACCUGCUAGCCUACUUACCCCCAGAGCUUCUUUUGCCAUUGAACACCAUGCUACAGCCCCCGUACCCCACCCCACCAUGCGCCAUCCUCUUCUACUGCCUUUCCCUUCAAAUGCUCCCCAGCAUAAGUACCCCUCUGCCUUUAUAUACCGUGCCAAGGUUGGCCUUUGCUGUUCCAGGACUUCCAGAUCUCUUGUGUAUAAGAAAAAAAAUCCAAGAAUAUAAUAUAUGAUGUGUAACGUGCAUUGAAGACAGGCACUGUGUUCCCCACGGGGCUCACUCUCUCUGGCAGGGUGUAGUCAGACCCCCUGGGGAAGCAGGCACUUAAAAAAAACCUCACGCCUUCUUUUCUGUCCAGUUUUGCGUCUUAGUCUGUUUUGUAGAAGGAAUGCGUUAGGAAGUGUUUUAACUGUUUAUUUUUUUCUUUUCUUUUUGCUGCUUUAGCUCGUCUUCUCUCUGGUGUUGUUUUUGUCUUUUUUUCCCCCUUUUUUUCCACCCUACCGCUCAUGUAGACAAUAUUGAGAUGUUCCCAGUACUUAUACAACAAACCAAGAAAAAGGAAAUCAUUUUGACUGACAUAACGUUUGCCUCUGUGCCCCUCACAUGUCUGUGUGACCCAUGUAUUUAGCUCCCCCCCUUCCCCCCCUUUUCAGGUGUACAUAUUUACAUAGUCCUAACACUAAAGAAAACUUAAUCGGCCUCCAUUUGAGGUCCUUACUGCUAAAAAAAAGUGGCUUUUCACUGGCACCUAAAAUCAGUGGGAUUACAUUUCCAUUUAACUGCA